GUCCAUGCUGACUUGGAUGAGGUGACAGAGGACUUUUGGAUUGUGAAGAUCAUCACAGUGCAGUGCAAGAGGCUCAACGUCCACUGGUGGAACUUCACCAAUGGUCACUGGGCUGACCAUGGCACUGAAGGCAGUGUGCCCAUUGGCUCUGUUCUUGCUUGUGGCUUCUCAUUCCACCCCAACUCUGGUGUCCCCACCACCACACUCAAAGAGAUCUUCCAGCACCUGUAA